UAGUACUUGACUUCGUCUGUUAAUUUUUAUCCUCCUUUUUCUAGAUAAUUUCCAAUAGUUGAUUAAUAAUUUGAUUUGUUUGUGGACUUAAAUCAGGAAUUAAUGUACUACAGUUGGUGAGAAAACAAUUUAUUAUGCUAAAAAUUUAUAUUGUGACAAUAAUAUCAACCAAGGUUGUGACGACAACCCAAUACGCUAUCUUUUCACUCAUAAAUCAACUACCUUUUACUCAUUCCUCUUCAACAUAACCACCACCAUCAUCAUCAUAACUAUCAUAAUCGUCACCGACUUCAAUCUCAGCUUUUCAUUUUCAUUUAGCUUCUUUAUCUGUGUAAAGAAAUGAAAUGCAUCUUUGAUUCAAAGCCUUCAUUGUAAAGUGUUUUUUUUGCUACUGGUUUAUUUGUUUAUCACUUUUAUUGUGCUUAUUUGGUGUUUAUAUCUAAUAUUGAAUGAAAACUAGAUAACAUUCAUCAUCAGCAGCAUUUUAAACACCAAUUGCAGUAGCUGGUGUCACAAUAUAACCAGAUUAUUAUGACUUUGUUGGUGUUUCUUGGACUCAACAGUAAUCCAUUAUCAUUUUUGUUUCUCCUCUUUUCAUUGAUAGGAAGAUUAAAUCAUACUCACUGCGAAACAUGUGCUGAUCGGUUCAAUACCGAAAUAAAGGGAAAAUGUUCCUGUUUUAAUAUAAUGGAUGACUCUGGUGAAGAGGUUGGUCUCGGUGUUGAAUGUUCAGAGACAAAUGGAGGUGAUUUACAUCGAGAUAUUGAUGAAAUCAGCCAUGAAUCUAAUAUUCCAAUUGUACAUUUGAAGGUUCGUGACUCUAAUCUGAAAGAGCUGACUGAUUUACCCAUUGGUUUGGUUGAUAUACGCUGGUUGGUUCUUGAUAAUACCUCAAUUGAUCUUCAAGUCAUUCGGGAAUCAGCUGAGAUGCUGGGUAACCUGAACACUCUCAAGCUAUUCAAUGAAAAUUAUACAAUUAUACCUGAAAAUGUUUUCCAAGAAGGAUUGGAGGAUCUCCAAACACUAUGGCUAAAUGGUAUUGGUAUCUACAGUAUUUCCAGAGCAGCUUUCAAUCAUCUUGAUAAUUCAUUGGUUGAAUUAUCUCUCCGUGAAAAUAAAUUAGGAACAAUUCCAUUGGCAAUCAUUGCUCUAAUGAAAAUUGAAGUUCUCGAUCUAACAGAUAAUGAAAUACAAUCUGUUUCUGAGGGAUUGGCCAAUGACCUUUCAAGAAGCCUUCAUCGUGUUCGCAAAAUCAUGCUAAACAAAAUUAAUUGUACAUGCAAUUUUGCUAAAUCUCGGUUUGCUCGUUGGAUCCGUGAAAAUGCCAUUAAAGGAGUUGAAUGUGGUUAUCCGGCUCGAUUUAAAGAUUAUGAUGUUUGGUCAACACCAAGUGAAGAGUUUUGUAGCUCUGGAUCUAAUACAAUACAUUUACCAAUUUUUAUGUUAACUUUUCAAUUACUAUUUUUCCUGGUCAAAUUAUUAACCUAGCUUGCAACUUAAAGAUAUCCAAAAACGGGUCCUUAAUAUUGAUUCGCCACACUAAUCAAUGAUUUAUAAUUUAUCAAGUUGAAUGUGCAAGUGAACUUCAGAUUCACUUUUAAUUAUUCCUAUUUACAGCGGUUAGAAUGUUGAAUCUGUGUGCUUGGAUAAGUUAUUCAGAUUAUAACCUUAUUUUUAA